AACGCGGCACGCCGGUUGCCGCGUAUGAUAACUGGUGUCUACGUACGUAGUGAUCCCUCUUUGUGGCAGCCCGCCGGAAUUACAAAGCUGAGGAGAUCGUCGAUUUUCUAACGGGGGUUCACUCGUCCAAGGGUGACAGAAACGGGACACGUACGUCGCGAGAAGGUUCACGGAAAAGUCUUAUAUCUCCGGAAACAAUACUUUGGAGGGAGGGGGGGUGAAAAAAAAAGGAAGCGAUUUUGAGAGGUAAACCUCCAAUAUCCGGCGCGUGUAUAUUGCGCGCUAGGGAGUGUAUAUAGGACGGAAGAUUGGGAUGAGUUUGGAAGACGGGGAGAAAGGGAAGAAAAAUCGGAAGGGUUGUGCGACAGGGAUGAUCGCGUUAAAGAGAUCGCGAAAAUUGCUUGUUUCACAAGUCCUGGCUUAUUGCUAUAUUACCGUGACUUUGAUGAGAAAAACGGACAGUCGUAGUUCCUAAAAUAGUGCUUGAGAGAUUAUUUUAAACGAUUUAAUCAAGAGUGAUUGUUUGAUGAAAUGAGGCUCUGAGAAAUAUCAAACUUGCUAUGACGAAAACAAGUUCAAAAUACAACAACGAAGACAUCGGGAUAAGCGAUUCCUGAAGCGCGCCAAAUCCUGAGAAACCGAGCGCAAAUGCCGAGUGAAAAUUCGACGAGCUUAUUUGCGCGUAAAGGACGCUCGAUGGAGUAUCAUCGUCUAUACUGACGAUUGAAUAAUUGAACUCUGGCAGUGCUACACUCCUACCUGCAGUGACCACACAAACAAAUCUCGCUUGCGAGAGAACGUGAUCGAUUUAACAAACGGGACAAAUUGUUUCUUAUUGACAUACAAGGCUAUUCAAUUUGACCAUGAGUUUUUGGAUGAAUUGUCCGUCCUUGUUGCUGUUGCUGUUAGGUCUGAGCCUGCACAGCGCGUGCAUCACGCGAGCAAACGUCGCCGGCCAGCAUAGUAACCAGGACAGUGGUCACGACCCUUUGGUGGUGGAGACUACGAGCGGCUUGAUGCGCGGUUUCUCCCGUACAGUGCUCGAUCGCGAGGUUCACGUAUUCUACGGGGUACCAUUCGCGAAACCCCCAGUCGGACCGCUGCGGUUUCGCAAGCCGCUACCGAUCGAACCCUGGCACGGAAUCCUGAACGCUACCACGUUGCCCAACAGCUGCUACCAGGAGCGUUACGAGUAUUUCCCCGGUUUCGAGGGCGAAGAGAUGUGGAAUCCAAACACCAACAUCUCCGAGGAUUGUCUCUAUCUAAACAUCUGGGUGCCGCAGAAGCUACAUCUACGUCACAAGCCGGAAGACAACCCCGGUAACAAUGGCAUGGCAAUAUUAGUAUGGAUCUAUGGCGGCGGCUUCAUGAGUGGUACCGCUACUUUAGACGUCUACGAUGCCGAUCUUAUGGCAGCAGCGGGCAAUGCGAUAAUCGCGUCGAUGCAGUAUCGGGUGGGCGCUUUUGGCUUUCUGUAUCUCAAUCAGCAUUUCCCCAACAGUGAGGAAGCACCGGGAAAUAUGGGUCUUUGGGAUCAAGCCUUGGCCCUCAAGUGGCUUCGCGAGAAUGCGCGCGUUUUUGGUGGCGAUCCCGAUCUGAUCACAAUCUUCGGCGAAUCCGCAGGCGGUAGUUCCGUAUCUCUACUCCUGAUCUCACCGGUUACUCAGGGUCUAGUACGUCGGGGAAUCCUUCAGAGCGGCACCCUGAACGCCCCAUGGAGCUAUAUGACCGGCGAAAAGGCGAAUGAAGUAGCCCGAGUACUGGUAGACGAUUGCGGAUGUAAUUCGACGAUGCUGCAGGAAAAUCCGGCGCGAGUUAUGGCCUGCAUGAGAUCGGUGGACGCAAAAACCCUUUCCGUACAGCAGUGGAACAGUUAUUGGGGUAUCCUCGGCUUUCCGUCAGCGCCCACCAUUGACGGGAUUUUUCUGCCCAAGGAUCCGUUGGAUUUGGUCAGGGAGACGGAUUUCAAAGAGACUGAGAUCCUGAUUGGAAAUAACGAAAACGAAGGAACGUACUUUAUUCUGUACGAUUUUAUUGACUUCUUCGAGAAAGAUCAAGCCAGUUUUCUCGAACGAGACAAAUUUCUCAACAUCAUCAAUACAAUCUUCAAGAAUAUGUCGCAAAUUGAGCGGGAAGCCAUCAUUUUCCAAUACACUGAUUGGGAUCAGAUAAACGAUGGCUACAAGAAUCAAAAAGCGGUAGCUGAUGUGGUGGGUGAUUAUUUCUUCAUUUGCCCAUCCACGCAUUUCGCGCAAUUGUUCGCAGAUCGUGGCAUGAAGGUCUACUAUUACUUCUUUACGCAGAGAACUAGCACCAAUGUAUGGGGUGAAUGGAUGGGUGUAAUGCAUGGCGACGAGGUCGAAUAUGUCUUCGGGCAUCCCCUUAACCAAUCUCUGGUAUACAACGACAAAGAGAGAGACCUGGCUUUCAGAAUAAUUCGCUAUUAUUCGCAAUUCGCAUAUACAGGGUUGCCCACGGUGGAUGAGUCCGAUUGGCUGCCGUACACCAGGGAUUCCCCGCAAUAUUUUAUUUUGAACGCGGAGAAAAAGGGCUACGGCCAGGGUCCACGUACGACGGCCUGCGCAUUUUGGAACGACUUCCUGCCGCGACUGAAGGGGAUUCCCGAUCCUACGCCUGAGGUGUGCAAAAGCGCGAUGGCGUCUAGCGUUUCCGUGAGCGGUGUCGGCGGGCUGCGUGGUUCACCAAUCGUGGCCCUCUUCUUACUUCCGGUGCUGGUGGUACAUAGAUUCAUAUAAGUGAUUAAUCAUCCAUGUCGACAAACCCUUUACACGGCUGGCAGGUACCCGGCUGGGCAGAAACACUCCAUACUCUGGCGUCACCGUCCGACAAACAGGUCCUAUAUAACAAGCGUUGUUUACGCUUCAAGGUCGCAUUAGCGGUCGUCAACCAUUCGUAGAUCGAUAAGUCCGCCGUAGAGGACGUACGUACGGCUAUCGUCGCAUCGUAUAGCAGUAGUCCGUUUUCACUGUGUCGUGUUACGUCACCGGCACCGGUUUAGUACAGCGCGACGUAUUUGCGAAUGAUAAUCAAGAGAUGCCCCGAAGGGUUUCGCGCCCCCAACUCCCUUUCGAGAUAAUCGAUCCGUAGGUCUAAUCGCGCGAGGACGCGAUUUAAGACGGAUCCUCGAACGGAAACCGAUCCGCGGCAAAUGACGUCGCGUCUAUAAAUUAGAGAUGUGCGAAUUAUUCGAAUUCGAAUCGACGUAGUUCGAAAUCGAAAGAUUCGAUAACGUCGAAUCACUGCAAUUCGAAUUCGAAUCAAAGAACCGCGUGAGAAGACUUAAAAUCCGUUUAAUUCUAUCGUUUAAUUCUAUACGCGUUGAUUCGAUUCGAAUUUGAAAUAUGGGUAAUUCGAUUCGAUUUGGCGAUAUUUUUGUCGAUUCGAUUCGAGUUGUUUUUUUUUUGCAAAUUUGAUUCGAUUCGAAUUAGAAAAUCUUGAUUCGCACAUCUCUACUAUAAAUCGACGUCAGUAUGUAACAUCCGAUUUUGACCAUUUCCGAGUUGCGCUCCACGUUGUAAAAAAAAUAUGUAACAUUACAUAAAAAUAUGUAAA